AUGAUGGACGGCCGCCUCCUGGAGCACCCGCAUGCCCAGUUCGGGGGCUCGCUGGGCGGCGUGGUGGGCUUCCCCUACCCGCUGGGCCACCACCACGUGUACGAGCUGGCCGGUCACCAGCUGCAGUCCGCCGCCGCCGCCGCCGCCGCCGCCGCCUCGGUCCCCUUCUCCAUCGACGGCCUGCUCAGCGGCUCGUGCGCCGCGGCCGCCGCCUCGGUGGUCAACCCCACGCCGCUGCUGCCCGCCGCCUGCGGGGUGGCCGGCGACAGCCAGCCCUUCAAGCUCUCAGACUCGGGGGACCCAGAUAAGGAGAGUCCGGGCUGUAAGCGACGGCGCACCCGAACCAACUUCACCGGCUGGCAGUUGGAGGAGCUGGAGAAGGCGUUCAACGAGAGCCACUACCCCGAUGUGUUCAUGCGCGAGGCGCUGGCGCUGCGCCUGGACCUGGUGGAGUCCCGAGUCCAGGUCUGGUUCCAAAACCGCCGGGCCAAGUGGAGGAAGAAGGAGAACACCAAGAAGGGCCCAGGGCGGCCGGCGCACAAUUCGCAUCCGACCACGUGCAGCGGGGAGCCUAUGGACCCCGAGGAGAUCGCGCGCAAGGAACUGGAGAAGAUGGAGAAAAAGAAACGCAAGCACGAGAAGAAGCUGCUCAAGAGCCAGAGCCGUCACCUGCACUCUCCCGGCGGCCUGUCCCUGCACAGCGCACCCAGCUCCGACAGCGACAGCGGCGGCGGCGGCCUAUCCCCAGAGCCGCCCGAGCCGCCGCCGCCGCCCGCCGCCGCCGCGGCCAAGGGCCCCGGUGCGCACGCCUCCGGCGCGCCGGGCUCCGCGCCCGCCCCUCCCGGCGAGCCACCUGCGCCCGGCACCUGCGAUCCCGCCUUCUACCAGAGCCAAAGAAGCGGCACCGGGCCGCAGCCGCGGCUAGGCCGCCCUGCGGACAAGGACGCGGCCCCGUGCGGCCCCGGGGCGGCGGCGACUGCGGAGCGGGGUGCGGCGGGCCUGCCCAAGGCCAGCCCGUUCAGCGUGGAGAGCUUGCUGUCCGACUCGCCGCCGCGCCGGAAAGCCGCCCCGGCCAACGCCACCGCGGCAGCCGCAGGGCUGGACUUCGCGCCGGGGCUGCCCUGCGCGCCGCGGACCCUCAUCGGCAAGGGCCACUUCUUGCUGUACCCCAUCACGCAGCCGCUCGGCUUCCUGGUGCCGCAGGCCGCGCUCAAAGGGGGCGCGGGCGCCGAGUUGGCGCCCAAAGACGCGCCGCCCGCACCCGCGGCGCCGCCCGCGCCCCCGGCCCAGGCCAGCUUCGGGGCCUUCUCCGGGCCCGGCAACGCUCCGGACUCGGCUUUUGCCCGCCGCAGCCCCGCCGAGGCCGUCGCCUCCCCGGGGACUCCGGGGACCCCGGUGCCCGCGCCUUUCCGCGAUCUCGCCUCGGUGGCGGCGAACGACGGCGGGGCCGGGGACUGUGGGGACGCGGGGAGCGCCUGCCCUGCGGCCCCGCCGCCCCCGUCGUCCCCGCCGUCCCCAGGGCCCGGACCCAGGGCUCCCAGCCCCGCAGGGGAACCGGUCACCGGCGGCGUGGCCGAGCCCGGCGCCUCUGUCGGCCCCGGCUCGGGGGAUGGCGAGGAGGUGGACAUGGACUGAAGGCGGCGGCGGCCGGGACCGGCGCCGCGCCAGCUGCGCCCGCUCGCUCAGGCUCCGUCUCCGUAACAAAUCAGGUGAUCGGCUCUAGAUCCACUGCUUUUCCCUCCUUCUUUUGUUUUCUUCCUUUUUAUUAUUAUUAUUAUUAUUAUUAUUUCUCAAGGCAACCAAGAACAACAAAACAAACGCUGUUAUCGAUUCGGACCUAGGCAGCAACCGCAGGUCUUGGGGUGAGACUCCCCCCUCCCCACGUCCUCCCGAGGGACAGAAAAAGAACCCACGGGCCCCCGCCCCACCCGUGCAAACCCACAACAAGAAUCCUCAACCUUGUAAAAUGCAAAAAUGUCUAAGAAUAUUUAUAUAUGUACCAUUU